UUUGCACUGUGAAUUCACGUGUUAUACUGUAGAUCAAUUUUAACUUCAUUUAAUUAACUAAGCUAAGUGAAAAAGACUUCAACUUUUACCCUUUCACAUGGAAAUUUCUAAACUCUGCCAGUGCAAUGCCUCAAGAGACACAUUGUUUUGGGUCUUGUCCUUUACUGACACCAAAAACAGUUCUGGGUUGUUCUCCACAAACUGUCUUUUCAUUGUUUUGGUGUCUGUGUCACUAUAUAUGGGCCUUCUUCAAUUCAACCACCUUUUGUUCUUAGCUUCUGGUUAGUUACCAACUUCAAAAUCAUUUGUUUUGAGUCAUUGCUGAGGAGAUUGUCCUCUGAGAUUGGAAUGGGAUGAGGGUGGUUUUGGCACUGAUGUUGCAGCUGCUAAAGGUCUUCAUCAUCAUCAGCUUUGCACUGGCAAUUCAAGGAUCCAAAGCAUCUGUUAUAUCACCAACAAGUGCAUUUCCAGUAAUUCCACCAUUGAUUCCAGCAGUAUCUCCAUCAAAAUUACCAGCAUCUGUUCCUUCUCCCAUAUCCACUCCUUCAAGCAUCAUCAAUCCAGUAAAGGGUGGAGCGCCUAUUGCCGCACCUUUCUACAAAACACCAAAGCCAUUUCCAGCUGUUAUUCAUUCCCCGGCUCAUGCUCCUGCUGCACAAAAAGGAAGACAAUUACAUCUUGCUCCUCAGUCAUUAACUUCACCUCCAUCUAAUAGAGAAAAUCAUUCUCCUGCAUUGACGCCUUCAGUCUCAAAUUAUAAGCAUCAUCAUACAAGGAACAUAAUUACCAUCCCGGCUCCUGCAUCAUCAUAUAUGGUUUCUCCUCCUAUUUCAAGACCCCGAGAUAGAGAAAUUCCUCCCUCAUUAUCACCAACUAGUAGACAAGGACAUCAUGUUCUAUUACCAAUGAACUCAGAUUGUUUAUCAGCUGUCUGCACAGAUCCUUAUGUAACUUCUCCUCUUGGAGCUCCCUGCAGAUGUGUCUGGCCCAUGCGAGUCGGUCUUCGCCUUAGUGUUUCUCUUUAUAAUUUCUUCCCUUUGGUCUCGGAGCUGGCUUCUGAAAUUGCCAGUGGGGUUUUCAUGAAGCAAAGUCAAGUUAGAAUUGUGGGAGCCAAUGCAGCAAACCAGCAACCUGAUAAAACUAUUGUCCUUAUUCAUUUGGUGCCACUUGGAAAAAAGUUUCAUAAUACUACAACCUUGUUGACUUCUGAAAGAUUUUGGCAUAAAAACGUUGUUAUUAAAGCCUCCUACUUUGGAAAUUAUGAUGUGUUAUAUAUUAACUAUCCAGGUUUACCUCCUUCUCCUCCUUUACCACCUUCAAGCAUUACCAUGAUAGAUGGUGUUCCAUAUACCACUGAUGGAAAUAAUGGAAGGACAAUAAAGCCUCUUGGAGUUGACAUACAGAAGAGGCAGAAUAGAGGUGAUCUUAGUAAAGGCUUUAUUGCCAUUAUUACUGUUUCAGUUUUUGUAGCAGUUGUUUUAUGUACUGCUGCUGCAUGGAUUAUGUUCAAAUUCAGAGUUCAUGUUAGUCAAACAGCAUCAACUCCAAGGCUUUCACCUCCUUCUCUUACCAAAGCACCAGUUACUGCUACCGAGUCAUUAAUUGGAGACAGAGGGGUUGGUUUCGUUUCCUCGUCAUUUGAAUCUGGCAUUGCUGCUUAUACAGGGUCUGCUAAGACAUUCAGUAUGAAUGACAUUGAGAAAGCUACUGAUAAUUUUCAUGCUUCAAGAGUACUUGGAGAAGGUGGUUUUGGGCUUGUCUACAGUGGUGUCCUUGAAGAUGGAACAAAAGUGGCAGUCAAGGUUCUAAAGAAGGAGGAUCAUCAAGGUGAUCGUGAAUUCUUAGCUGAAAUUGAGAUGCUUAGUCGUCUUCACCAUAGAAAUCUGGUCAAGUUGAUUGGUAUAUGUGCUGAGGAGGACGGCUUCCGCUGCUUGGUUUAUGAACUCAUUCCAAAUGGAAGCUUGGAAUCACAUUUACAUGGGAUUGACAGGGAAAAGUGCACACUUGAUUGGGGUGCAAGGAUGAAGAUAGCUCUUGGUGCAGCUCGUGGUCUAGCUUAUUUGCAUGAAGAUUCAAGUCCUUGUGUUAUUCAUAGGGACUUCAAGUCUAGCAAUAUUUUGUUGGAAGAUGACUUCACUCCAAAAGUAUCUGAUUUUGGAUUGGCCUGGACUGCUACAAAUGGGAAAAAUAGACACAUAUCAAAACGUGUGGUGGGAACUUUUGGUUACGUGGCUCCGGAGUAUGCAAUGAAUGGACACCUUCUUGUUAAGAGUGAUGUUUACAGCUACGGCGUUGUUCUUCUCGAGCUUUUAACUGGACGAAAACCUGUAGACAUGUCACAAGCUCGCGGUCAAGAGAAUCUUGUCGCUUGGGCUCGUCUAUUUCUCACAACUAAAGAAGGAUUGGAAGCAAUAAUAGAUCCAUCUGUAGGAGUUGAUAACACAACUUUUGACAGUGUGGCCAAAGUAGCAGCCAUUGCUUCAAUGUGUGUGCAACAAGAAGUAUCAAACCGUCCAUUCAUGAGUGAAGUUGUUCAGGCUUUAAAACUUGUAUGCAAUGAAUGUGAAGAAGAAAAAGAAGAUGCUAGUUCAAGAAAUUCUAGCGAAGAACAUGAUGAUUUAUCUGUUGUUUUAGAUGUAAGAGACGGCAAUGUUUGUGGAAAUUUGCAAACCACAUUCUCAGCUACUAACUUUGACUCUGAAGUUGUUGAUAUUGAAAGAGGGUUGUCAGUGGCAGAAGUAUUCAGUUCAUCAGCUAGAAUUGGAAGAAUGGAGAAUGAAUUAUUUAGAAGAAACUCAUAUUCAGGUCCUCUAGGAACUGGAAGAAGCAAACAGUUGUGGAAUAUAAUGAGAAGGCUUUCUGGUGGUAGUGUCAGUGAACAUGGAAAUAUGUUCUCAAGUAAAUGACCAUGUUAUUGUUACCAUAGAGAAAUUGCAUUUUUUGAAUUUUCUUGGUGGAUAUAUUAUCUCUAUGGUUUUGUUAAUCCACGGUUUAUAGUUCAACAUUACAAGAGGCCUUAGUUCUUUGCUUAACUCACCUCUUAACCUGAGACGCACAGAUGUAUAUUAAAAUAAACAAAACACAUAGAGAUAAUUUAUCUUUUUUACUUUAAACAUAUUGUAUAUUUAUAAUAUAUAUUGCCAUGUUUCCCUGUCAUUUUUAUACCAAACAUUUUAGUCUAAAA